AUGGAACCCAAAAAUCAAACAGAUGUUUCAGGAUUUCUUCUCCUGAGACUGACAGAGGAUCCAGAACUAAAGAUCGUCUACUUCAGACUGUUCCUAUCCAUGUACCUGGUCACGGUCCUGGGAAACCUGCUCAUUGUCCUGGCUGUCCUCUCUGACUCCCACCUCCACACGCCCAUGUACUUCUUCCUCUCCAAUCUGUCCUUUACUGACAUCAGUUUAAGCACAACCCUGCUGCCAAAGAUCCUGGUGAACAUCCAAGCACAGACUCAGAGCAUCACGUACACAGGCUGCCUCACUCAGAUCUGCUUCGUCCUGACUUUUGUUUUAUGGGAUAAUUUUCUCCUUUUAGCAAUGGCCUAUGACCGCUAUGUGGCUAUUUGUCACCCGCUGAGAUACACAGUCAUCAUGAAGCCUCGCCUCUGUGUUCUGCUGGUUCUGCUCUCCAUGUUCAUUAGCACUGCGGACGCCCUGCUCCACAGUCUGAUGGUGUUGCGACUGUCCUUCUGCGAAGACCUGGAGAUCCCCCUCUUCUUCUGUGAAGUUGUUCAGGUCAUCAAACUUGCAUGUUCUGAUACCCUCCUCAAUAACAUCCUGAUAUAUUUUGCAGCCUGUGUAUUUGGUGGUGUUCCUCUUUCUGGAAUAAUUUUCUCUUACAUUCAAAUUGUUUCCUCUAUUUUAAGAAUGCCAUCAUCAGUUAGAAGGUAUAAAGCUUUUUCGACUUGUGGAUCUCACCUCUCAGUUGUCUCCUUGUUCUACGGGACAGCUUUUGGGGUGUACAUCAGUUCUGCAGUUACUGACUCUUCCAGGAAGACUGCAGUGGCUUCACUGAUGUACACGGUGGUCACUCCCAUGAUGAACCCCUUCAUCUACAGCCUGAGGAACAGAGACAUGAAGGGAGCUUUGAGGAGACUCAUUGGUAGAGUAUCUUGUUUUCUGUGAUUUUGUCAUCAUCAGAUUUGGGAUGGGUUCACUAGAAUGAAUCGAAGUUUAAGGAACAC